GAAGCUCUUCUUUCUUCUCCUCCUCUCUUCAACCGCUAUACGAAAAAAAGCUUCAAGAUACAUGGCUUUCCACCUCAGAUCGAUAAGUCUCCCUUCUAGGCCUCAGGCCACCGAGAUUGAAGUCAAAGAAGAGCUGCUGAGCCUAGAAGCAAGCAUCUCUUCCUCUAAUUCCAUCAGCACGGUGUGCGAUGGUCUCAGGAGUCUUGCAAACAUCUACGAUGGUAUUGAAGAGAUCAUUUGCCUACCAAGCCACCAAGCUUGCUCUUCCCAGCAGAGGGUGAUGUUGGAUGGAGAACUGGAAGCUUCUCUCGAGCUCCUAGAUCUCUGCGGCGCCAUGCAAGAGUUCUUCGUCGAGAUGAAGGCCAUCAUCCAAGAGCUACAAGUGGCUCUAAGGAAAGGGGAUGAUGCAGCUGCUCAAACCAAGAUCCAAUCUUACACCCGUUUGGCGAAGAAGGCCAGGAACCAUUUCAGGAAGGCCACGAAGAAGGCUCCUACAGAUUGCAGGAUAGUCAUGCUAUUGGCCAAGGCCAGGGAGGUCUCUACCUCUCUCCUGGAUUCCGCACUCCAUCUGGUGUCGAAGCAAAUCGAAAUGCCUAAACAGUCUCUUGUUUCCAAGGCAUUUCACAAGAAGAAGGCGGUUGUUUGUAAGGAGGAACAAUUGUCGGAAUUAGAGGGCAGUAUCGGGGAUCUUGAGAGUGGAGCAGGACAUAUGUUCAGGAAAUUAGUCCAGAGCAGAGUUUCUCUACUCAACAUCCUUAGCUUGUAGAUACUGCCAAGUCAUCCUUGGCGCCCUCCGAUCGGCAUCCGCCUUUUAUGGAAUAGCUGAUCUCAUACAACUAUGCUGUAUAAAUGUACAUGAUACUACAGAAAUAGAAAGUGAAACCAAAGUUUUGAUCCAUUUGACCAUUUCAUCCUUGAAGACGUGUUCGUGAUCCCGGUAUAGUUUAUUUUGAUUCCCAUGGUUAGUGCAUCUUGUUCCUGAUGCCUGAAACAUGCCAGAUUAAAGUCACAAAGUCCCAAUCGAUCAAUUUUAUUAUCCAGAUUCUCCACCAGCACCACAUGGCUGUGCACUACUCUGGCACUACAAUUGAAUAUAUUUCUUUUUUAUACAACGAAGUUCAAAUCAGUGU